AUGGCAGUGGAUCAUGGUUGUUUUCUUCAUUUCUGCCAAUCACUUCAUCAACAAGUUCCACUAUUUGGUCUAACAUCAUCUUAUGUUCAAAAUGAAAAUGUACGCUCAUCAUGUCGAAGUACAAUGGCUCUUGCUUCGCUACCUGUUAAACUUAUAGGACAAGCUGUGCAACUUCUCGAAGAUGAAUCGUUUUGGAAAAUGACAAGUUCUUUGCAAAUACUUCAGAUAUCAAUGGUUAACGUGAAUAUCUCCAAAAUAUUAAAACGUAUCAGUACUUAA